AUUGACUUAUUAUAUAACAAAGUGCUAAGGCCUAUAGACCUACAUCUUUUUAAAAAUGAGUAUAUUAAUACGGUAGUGAUCAUAUAACCGGAACAGCAAUUAUCUAUAAAUAUUGUGCUGGGGGUAUGUUGAAUUCAAUUAUGAUGAUUUAACUGCUCAUUUAUCUUUGGUCUUCCUGUUCCAGCGGAUAUUCGAUGUUACCCAAGGUCAUUUGAUAACAAUUUGGUGUUGCACUCGACUUUAUUAUUCUAAACAUCUAGGCCUAUAAAAUUGUGAAUCCGUGUCUACGGCAUCGAUGCCCACACAUACCUAAGGCGUACCAGCGUGAGGACUUAAUUUACACAAUUGUAAGAUCGUGUUGAAGCCUGCAGGUCGUGGAGCCUUUGAAUUGUUCGACGUGCCCAGGGAUGUUACUUCUUUUAUGUUUUGGAAUAUAAUUGUUUUCUUCAUAUUACCGGUCUCUGAACAAGCUACGUAUCAUGCGUUCACCGUGGAUAUCUAUCAUAUUUUACUUCAUUCUCAUUGCAAGUAUGUGUAAAGGGCAAGGCAGGGCGCCAAAAAAUAGUGGUGCCACUCGUUCCUCAACCAACGACCGCAUCACAGAUGCAAGAGCUAAUAGGCCUACUUUAAAAAGGAAGCCUGAUUAUCAUGCCCCGGACCAAAGAUCCAUAUUCAUCAAGAAAAUUGAUGAGCUACAUAAGGACUUGGACGAGCAGAAAACUGUGUUCGUAACCCACAAAAGAGACUUUGAUGAUCACAUUUAUUCCUUCGAGCGGAAGUUUGCCGUUAUGACCCAGGGCAUGCAAGAGAUGUCCAAUAAGAUGCAACUACUUUUAAAAAAGAACCUAGAACUUGAAAACCAAAUAAAAACAAUAAAUGAACAGUUUGUGCUUAUUCCAAAAGAAAAGGUACAGAUUCCGCAAACCGAGGAUGAACAAGGCAACCGAACGCAGGGACGAUCUGCUUCAAAGUCUUCAAUUGAAGAGUAUCUGUCAAACAGAGAAGCUGAGUUCUUUUAUUCUUUGCCUCUGCAACCCAUUAAAAAUUCUCAGAAGCAAAAGGUUAAUCAAAGGAUAACUACUUCUUCAAGGUCAGGGAAUCACAAAAGCUAUUCGCAAAGAAAUAACAGUUUUAAUAAACAGAAGAAGCCUGACUACAUUACAGAGGCUAUAUUGAGACUUUUUGCGCAGGACAAACUAAACAACGAUCGAUUGUCAACGUUAGAGUUGCAGCUAAAGGCAAUUGAUCUUGCUGAAUCUGUCACCACUACGAUCAUUGUCGAAGCUUGCAACGAAACAGACAGCACAACUGAAAUUCUGGAAUUAAAAGAUAUGGAGAAAAGAGUAAGCGAUCUGGAGAAGAAUAGCCUCAUGAAAAAUAAUGAACUAAAGGAGGAACAAACAAACAUGAUUGUCGAAGCACGCGGGGCCGGGAGGAAGAAAUACAAGAACGAAGUUCUGUAUGAUCCCAGAGCAGCAAGUGAUGCAAGAAAGUCACUGUUUUCUGUCGCACGAAAGACACCAUUUUACGGCAACGACAAGGACUUUCGCACCAUCAAUUUAAAUCACACUUUCGCCAACAAGGGAAAGCAUUUCAUCAAUAAUAAUACGUUCGUUUGUCAACUAAAUGGAUUUUACUUUUUCACAUUCACGGUAAGAUCACUUGACUAUCACACGACGUACGUCGCAUUGAUGAAGAACAAAGAGGUUCAAACAAGUAUUUCGGCAGACCGCAGUGACCGGAACAUAAUGCAGACACAGAGCACGAUACUACAGAUGAACCAAGGUGAUAAAGUUUGGCUGAGGGUAGGCCCAAACUCAAAUUUUGGACUAGACAGCGAAGAGAGCCACAAAUACAUUACAUUUAGUGGAUUUCUCAUUUAUAAAGGAUCUUAGUGAAAUUUUCAGAUGUGUGGCGGUUAUAAAAUCGUAAAGAUUGAAAAGAACGGUGUAUAUCAUAUCAGUAUGCUGGAUACGUGUGUAUGUAUAAGCCAGUAAAAGUUGCUGAGCAAGUUUAUAAUAUAUCUUUUGAUCGAAGUUAUAUAUCGCCGACUUUGUGUACAUUCUGUAAAUUAAUGGAGUUUAUCUAUUGCCAAUAGAUAUUGCCCAAAUGGGCAACAACCCUCGUAGGAAAAUGAUGGAUGAUAAAGCUGGGCGUGUAGCACGAUUUGUCACAAAAUAUUCGCCAACAAAUAUAGGCGCUGUCACAAUAUUCUUUAAAGAAUUAAAAAUGGAGGGUGCACUGUAAUCAGAAACAAUAAAACCAAAUUUUUGUCAACAUAUGACCUCAUAAAUAUUUUCUUGAAUGCAGUGCACCUCAAUACUCAAUACACUUUAUUUGUCACGUAUAGGCCUACAUGUACAAUACACAUACAGUGAAAUUCAAUUUGGUUCCUAAAUAAAAACAAAGAUAAAAUACGGAAA